AGAGGCGGGGCUAAAACUGUGCAGCCAGUCGGCGCGACGACUUCAUCUGGACAGGUCGCUCGUGGGGUAACUUGCUCUAGGGAACUAGUACCAUGGCGUCCGGCUGCAGGAUUGGCCCGUCUAUCCUCAACAGCGACCUGGCCAAUUUAGGGGCCGAGUGCCUCCGGAUGCUGGACUCUGGGGCUGAUUAUCUGCACCUGGAUCAGUUCAGAGACAUGAUCCACUUCCAUCCUGUGGCUCUGCCUCAUAUAAAAGGCUUCUUCAUUGACCAAAGGGUGAGGCAUUUUGUUCCCAACAUCACCUUUGGUCACCCUGUGGUAGAAAGCCUCCGAAAGCAGCUAGGCCAGGACCCCUUCUUUGACAUGCACAUGAUGGUGUCCAGGCCGGAACAGUGGGUAAAGCCAAUGGCUGUAGCAGGAGCCAAUCAAUAUACCUUUCAUCUUGAGGCUACUGAGAACCCCGGGGCUUUGAUUAAAGACAUUCGGGAGAAUGGAAUGAAGGUUGGCCUUGCUAUUAAACCAGGAACUACAGUUGAAUAUUUGGCACCAUGGGCUAAUCAAAUAGAUAUGGCCUUGGUUAUGACAGUGGAACCUGGGUUUGGAGGGCAGAAAUUCAUGGAAGAUAUGAUGCCAAAGGUUCACUGGUUGAGGACCCAGUUCCCGUCUUUGGACAUAGAGGUUGAUGGUGGAGUAGGUCCUGACACCAUCCAUAAAUGUGCAGAGGCAGGAGCUAACAUGAUUGUGUCUGGCAGUGCCAUUAUGAGGAGUGAAGACCCCAGAUCCGUGAUCAACCUGUUAAGAAAUGUUUGCUCAGAAGCUGCUCAGAAACGUUCUCUUGAUCGGUGAAACCUCAAGGAGUCCAGUUGCUGCUCAUGAGAUAUCUUUACUGGAAAACAAGAAUAUUGACAACCAAAUCAUACCACAGUGGAGGCAGUACUGCUUUUCUGAGCAAUUAUUCAUUCCAGUGACUGAAAUCCAUUAUGCAGAAUGUUCCAAGAGGUUAGAAGUUGGUGUGUAUAACUACAUUUUUAGUGAUGGAAUUUAAAAAUUAGUGUGGUAAAAUACCAUUUUUACUGGGAGAUUUGAUUUUUAUAAAGAGUAAAAAUAUGACUGUAUUAUGGAAAAUUAUCAACAGAAAUGUCUUAAUGCCUAAGGAAGGCAUAUUAGCUACUAUGAAAAAAAUGUUUUUUCUGAUUUUCUAAAAAAAAUUUUCUGUUGUUUCUUGGCUGCUUCCCAAAAGCAAAGGAACGCCUUAUGUUUUUACUGUUUCGUGUCAUUUUUGAUUUGUGUAUGUGCGUGAUGAAUAAGUUUGGGUCUGGCUAGAAUGGCAUACCUUACUCUUCUAGCUUCUAAAACAUCUAUUUUUUACUUUGCACCUUGUAUUUAGUAGAUUAAAAACAAUGUAUUAUGAAGCCCAGGGAUUUUUCAGGUUGUCUGUUCUAAAAUACAAGCACAAGUUUCAUCAGGGUGUCUUCUUUGUUAGCUUUGCUGGAGAGACAGGUUAUUCAGUGGUUCCUUCUCCUUCCCCCCUACCCUCUCUCCACUUUUUUCUUAAUCGUACGCACUGUUCUUAAGGACAGAAAAGGUUUUGCUAGCUCUGUGCGGAAAGGAAAGGAAAGUCUCUACUUGGAAGUAAUAUUAAGUUAAAUCCUAACUCUUCCCCUUUAUAACUGUUUGACCAUAGCAAAGCAAAUCAUCCAACCUCUUUGAGUUUCUGUUAACUGAUUUAUACUUUGGGUGUAAUUAUAACAACAGUGCAGGGUUGUGUUAAGGAUUAAGAGAUACUGUUAUAUAUGUAAAGCUUCCACUACUAUUCCUGGAAUUGUAGGAUAGUAGAAUUAGAUGCUCAAUACAAAGCAGCUUAUCAUUAUAUAAGUUAAUGUUUUAUAAAGUACAUUGUUACAGUUUCAUUAAACUUACAGAUUAGUCCUAGGCUGGCACCAUGGAAAGGAUCCAGUAAAGUAUUUCUGGUCUGUACUCGCUUUACAAAUGGAGCCCUGAGGAAGUGGAUUAAGCAAAGGAACCUUCCUUUACUUAACAUUGUCUUAUUUAUUUCCAUUCUAACUAACUUUACCCUGUAGCAAAACCAGAUGGCUGAGACUAUUCUGCAACUGCGGAUCUUGACCCUAAGGAUGUAUAUUUUACUUAUCCAAGGAAGACCAGGUAGGCUGGGAACAGAGUUAAUUCAUAAACUAAAUAUUUACGAUUGUGUCCCAGAUUAUACUUCAGUAACAGAUAUGUAUAGCUACUUCAUUUCUGUAAAUACUCUUGCUGUGCAGUAAUACACAUGGAAGGAAAUAAUAGGACCGGUAUCAUUAAACGUUUUCAGGCCACUAUGAGUUUUGAAAAAUAAGAAUGUUAACACUUAUGCAUAGAGUACAGCUGGCUUGCCUUUUUCUGUGUUACAAGAUAAAAAUUUAUUUCAUAAUCUUUAUUUUGGCUUAGGAAAAGCUUGUGACAUAGAUGAUAUUUAAUCAAAUCAGACAACACAGGGCAUAUAGAAAUAACUUUAAUUAAAAAACUUACAUAGAAGAUUAUAAUAUCAGACAUGACAAAAGAUAUGAAUUUAUUUGCCUGGACAACUUGGGUUUGUUCUGGCUUUUGUUUUUUUUAAACACAAAUGUACAGUAAAACUACAAGCAAAAAUUUGUCAGUAUUGAAUUGGAAAUUUUUUUCCUUCUUUAAAGAGACUAGUGUAAUUUCCAAUCCUUAACAAAAACUUAGUGUCAGAUCCCCCAGAUUAGACCAGAUGGCUAGGAUUGUCAGUUAUAUGGGUACUACAACUUGAAUAACCUUUUUUUACAUGAGAAAAAGCGAGUCAUAUAAAUUGUCCAAAUUUUUACAUAGAAAAAAAUCAUGUAAUAGCGUCAAAGGAAUUUUUCUUAAUGUACACUCCAGUGUUCAAUAUUGAAGCGUUAACCUUUUGAGAAUUUUAAAUCUCAAUUUAGGAUGCAAGUAAGAACAGAUCCUUAUUUGAAAAGAAUAAGCAAUUGUAAGGAAUGACCAAAUUAACCAGAAGUACAAUAAUAUACCAACAGGAAUUUCCUGUUUGUUGCUUAAGUAGGGCAUUUUCUCUUCAUGAGAUACAUAAAAUAGGUACAACUCAAGUUGAGUUUUAAAAUACACCAAUACUUAACCCAUUGCUUUUCUUAUUCUGUUAGAAGUGAAUAGAAAAUAACCUGUGUUUAACCCAACAGAUACCAGUGAUUUCAAAUAAAAGAGAAUUGUGUUAUCUGGUAUAGAAAUUUCCAUAAAUAAUUUCUCUUGGUUAAACAUUUUUUUUAAAAAAUUCCUUCUCCAUAGUCAAGACUUUUAGAUGUCCAUUACCUUUGGAAACCUGUGCUGCUUUCCUUAUAGUGCAGCUUAUAUUUCAUGGGGUAGUACAUACAUGCAUUUUUCAAGUGGAAUGGAAGAGCUAUCAUUUAGUGCACAGGUAUGUGUGUAUUAUGUGUGGGUAUAAAGUAUAAGAGUUAUUUAGCCAGUAAUGUGAUUUGACAUCAAAUUGCAGCAGUUAAUUUUUUGGUGCUUGUGAUUUGCAUUAUAAAAUACAAAUGACUAGCACUUGUCUGUAGGUGAAAAGCUAGUUACUCCUGUGGUUCAAGAAGGAACAUAAGGUGUAACUUGUCUGUUUCAUAAACAGCAUGAAAGAUUAAUACAUGCACUACAUGCUCUGACUCUGGAAUUGUGGGGGGUGGGUGGAGAACAGGGCUUGUUUUUUUCCUCCUAUUUUCCUAUUCAGUUGCAUAGUUUUCUAAACCUGUUCCCUGUCACCUAUAUUUUUUAACAUGAGUAAGUCCUAGACCAAGGAUAUUGUACUCUUCUAUGCCAUCUGCCUGCCUUUUUGGAUGGUGGCCAUUCUCUGGUGCACUGGUACAGAAGACUUCACCAUGGAAAGCUGGGCUUGAUCUUUUAAUCUGAUCAUUUUUUUCAUCUUGGCAUAAUAAGGCUUCUGUGUCUUCAUCCUUCAGUGGAAAAGCUCGUCGUUCCCACCACAGAGACUGAAAGAGAAAAACAUAAGUUUCAACUAAUAUGUAAUCUGUAGAUAUCAAUUUUGUAAUAACCAUUGUUCAUAAAAGUACAAAGUAUAUAGCAAAAUGGAAUGUACUGAGGAUUAUUUAGGGAUCUUUGGGGAUUAUUGUUGCACUUUGCCUCUUGCACAAAGAGGGACACGUGGCCAUUAGGGCACUGGUCUGCAUUUUCAGCCUAGGAGUACUUUGGGGAAGGCCUGUUAAAAGUGUUAGACCUUCUACUGUGAUCUCUCUGUCUUCAUCCCGUCAUCAUUAUAGACACCUAUUGACUUUGCUUUCCUUGAACUUAAUAUGACUUUGCCUAUUAAUUUCUGUACUCUCUACUCUCUCAAUCCUAGAUAUGGUUCUUUUCCAACACCUACUUAUAAAGUGCAAGAGCUUUAUAGACGAAGUGUUAGAAAGCAGGUUAGAACUGGACGUAUGGGAGACAUGUAAAAAUCUUUUAUAAGGGGAAGAGAAAUUUUAACAUUUACUAUGUGCCAGGUGUUAUUCUCUUUAAUCCAGUUUGAUUUGUGAUGAAGUGAAUAGGUAGAAUUAGGUAUUGAUGUGUUACAUAAAAAGGUAGAGAACUGUCUAUAGUUAGUGAUGGAACUAGAAUGCUGGGAGACACAUUCCUAUACCUAGCAUUCUCUACUGGACUGGUGGACAGAAUUUGGUAGGUAAUGAUAGAAUCCUUAACUAGCAACAGGCAAUUGCUUAAAGUCAAUUUAGAGUCAGUUUACCUAGUUAUGUAUAAGAGACUUACCUUGAUCUCUUGACUUUCACUUAGUGAAGGUGAGCCAUGUGCACUCAGGUCCUGGCUCUCCGAGGGAGGCUCGGCGGGACUCUCAGCACAGAUCUGCCCUCCGCCAAGGUCAUGAGGGUAUUCCUUCACAAGCAAGUCCUGUCCUUCAGCAUUUUUACUGUAAGCUCUAGCAAGAAAAUCAAGAAAAAUAUUUAUUUGUUGAGGUCUUAACAUUUUAUGAACAACCCAAGGUGUCCUUAAGUCAGUUUAACUUGGUAGCUUUUCUUUAAACAACUCUGCCUGAAAGUUUUUAAGAAUUCAUCUGUUGAUCUUGAUAUUAUUAUCCUUACAUCUCAAAGACUUAAAUAGUAUUUUAUGAAAUUUUUUGCCAAAUUACUAUAGCAGUUUUGUUUUGUUAGAGCUUUUGGUUUGCUUUCCCUUUCUCCCCCCCCCCAGAAAAAAAGAAAAAAUUGUUACUUGACCCUUACAGUCUGAGUUCCCAGAGUAUUUAUGAUUACUGUAGUGUCAACCAUGAAGGACUCGAUUCACAUUUUUCUCUGUACUUCUAUAAAGUUAUAUAUUUGGAAUGUGGGGAAAGAUGAGAAUCGAAUCUCAUAUGUUAGGAUAACUCUUGGAAUAAGAAUCUAUGACAAAUCUGGAUAUCUUGAGACCUUAGCAGAGAAAUGUGUUUUAACAAUACUAAAUGACUGAGAGAUGUACCACACUCAAGUGCUACCAGAUUUCAACAUGAUCUUAUUAUUUGAUUUUGGCUAUAUUAAAAAAAAGCCCAAUGUAAAUAUAAAAUACCAGAGAUUUUCUCAAAUAGAUGAUUACUAAUUAUAUUUUUAGGAUUUAUUCCCCCUCCCCUCAAAGUUAUGUUCAAAGUAUUUUAGAUAUUUUAGAUUAUUUGCUUUUUAAACUAGAUAGGUUUCUUGAGGGUUGUUUUUUGGUUUUGUUUUUGUUUUUUGCUUUGUUUCUUUUUAGGAGAAACAUUUUUUGAAGUGGUACCCUGAUUCUAAUCCCUAGUGUUGGAUCCACCAUUACAGUACCCUGAAAUGACCGACUUUAUCUAAGGAGAAUUUUCACAUUACUUGCCCAUUUAAAUAUGUUACUGAGGCUGACACUGAGAAAUAGUGUGGAGUAAAAUACACAACUUUUCACUGUUAUGUAAUUAGCCUGAAUAUAAUUUGAAGGUAAGCUUAGUAUAUGUAGUGUUUCACUUUGAGCACACAAACAGCUGAUGUUAUAAGUAUGUUUUCCUUUUUAGUGGUCUCCCUCAUCAUUCACUCAGAAUUAUUAUAGAUUCCACGUGGAUUCCAUGAUUUUGGGGUUUAAAUUCACAACACCUGCCUGCUGUUUCUUCUGUGCCACUUGCUUUGCUCCCAUAAUGACCAUCUGGCUUGCUCUCUCUCUUCAUAUUUUUUGUGUCUUAGGGAGAAGACUUCAUCUGAGAGAUCUUCUAUCUGGAAUUAAUUAAAGUUUUGCUUUUAUCAGAAACAUUCUGAAAUAUGAGAACUGGUGUCAAAGUUCCUCAUCAAGAGAACAAUAGGAAGAAAACUCCAAAAUAAGUAACCGCCUGAGUCGUGAGAAUGAAUGUUAGUGAGAAAAGAUUCAAAUAUCUAAAAAGAGGGAGUUGAAAACUUUUACUUUUUUUUUUUUGGUCUUUUUGCCUUUUAUUGAGCUGCUCCCACAGCAUAUGGAGGUUCCCAGGCUAGGGGUCUCAUCGGAGCUGUGGCCACCAGCCUACACCAGAGCCACAGCAACACUGGAUCUGAGCUGCAUCUGUGACCCACACCACAGCUUACAGCAAUGCCAGAUCCUUAACCCACUGAGCAAGGGCAGGGAUAGAACCCACAACCUCAUGGUUACUAGUCAGAUUCGUUAACCACUGUGCCACGACGGGACUCCCGAAAACAUUUACUGUUGGUCAUAUUUGAAGACUUCCCUAAAAUACUUAAAGGUACCAUAUAGGUUCACAGUGCUUUCUCUUAAAAUAUUCUUCAUGCUUUAUUCCUUCAAAACUUUGUAUUGAUUCCCCCUCAUGGAGUAUAUACUAUAGACCACCCCAUUGGAAUCAGUUUGGUUAUAUGGUAUUUUUUCCUAUAAUUUUUCUUGUCUUAAUGUAAGUUUUAAUCCAUACAAGUCCAUAGUCCCUUUCCUGCAAUUCCAACAAUCUAAACAAACACACUUUUAUAAUUCAUUUGGUGACACUGCCUGAUCUGAAAUGAUGUGAGGCUAUUCUGCUUCUUAUAAAUAUUUCACUGUAGAAACAUUAAUAUUUGAUUAUGAGACCUGUUCUAGACUCCCUAUAUGUAUUACAUUACUUUUCUUUUUUUUUCAGUGCCCUCACUAAGGUUCAAACUCAGGACCUUCAGAUGUACAUUACUUUUCUAAAGUCCAAAAUGUUCUAAAUUCAAAAGCAAUUUGUUCCUAAGAUUUGUUUUUCUUCUUUUUUAUUUCCACUUUAUAGCCAUGCCAGUCCUGUGGCAUAUGGAAGUUCCUGUGCAAAGGGUCGAAUUGGAGCUAUAGCUGAUCCAAGUCGCAUCUGCGACCUAAGCCACAGUUUGUGGCAACAUCAGAUCAAAAAAAAGUGACUAAAUCCUAUGUAGAAAAAAUAUGCCAGAUACUGGGAAUGAAUAUAUUCACAAAAUUAGUAUUUCAACAACUCAUGUAAGCAAAGUCUAUUUUUUGCUUUUCUUUAUUCUCCGUAUUAUUGUCUUUGCUGUCAAAUUUGCACAAAAUGCUUUUCUAAUCAAAUUAAUACCCUUAAUGAGGAACUUUUUUUAAUAAGUUUGAAAAUUUUUUAAAAAUCAACAUAUGUUAAAAGGGACUUAUAUUUCUUAGUUCCUUAAGUAUCAAACUAAGCAGGCUUCAUAAUAUAUAAAGCACAAUUAUUCCACAAGUGGAAGGCAACUUACCUCUUCUUCACCUAAAUUAUAUUCAUCCAAAGGCUGAAGAAGAACCAUCCUCCAGCUGUUGAAGAUACAAACCAAUUUCAAACAGCUUUUGUUACUAUAUUUAAAAGGAGCAAUUUUAUUCUGUAAGUAUGGCUAAUGCAGUAGUGUUUUCUUUCCUUGGGGCCUUCAUAAUUCAAAUGGUUGUAUUUUAGUACUUUAUUUUUUAAAAGAGGUAAAAUAGUUGUAUUAGGAAAAGAGGACAAGGAGAAGAUGAGGCUUUACUUCUGGCCUUAAUGAUAAACAGUCUCCUGCCUAGUUACAUUUUAUAUCUAAAAACUACUAAUUUUGAAAUCAGCAAUAUGCUGAUAAACUGAAAUCAGUGGUAUGCUGAUAAACUGACCCAGAAAAUAAAAAGGAAAAAGCUCUGAUUUGUAGCAUUUGCCAAUUUCUUUGUGUGAAGACGACUGCCAUCGUGACCUCUUGUAUGAGUUUUAAGUGGAUCACAGUAUUCCUAUGUGUUAAAUCAGGCCAACCAGCCAGCUCCAGCCUACCACUGUAAAUUAAAAUACCACAUUGUUGCUGUAGAACAUUGUAACUACAAAUGUUCUUUUUACUUAUGUAAAUUCUCAUAAUACCUCCUAGAGUAUUAAGAGUUCUCUUAAGUACCUCAAAGUAAUUAUGAAUAAAAGAAUCAGAAAUUAGAGAUGGGUAGGAAUUACUGUAGUUGUCACCCAGCUCAUGUCUCUGUUUCCAUCCUCUUCUAUCUCUUCUUCAUAAUCUUAAAAACUGCUUUCAUCAAUGCUAAAAAUAUCUAACUUUGCUGCCAGCAAGAAACAUCUUUUGCAGCCUUGUGCAAACCUUCAUUUUAAAGAUCGAGGAUUGUUACUGUAAUUAUUUACAUCCCUAAAGUACCUUUCUGCUAUAUACGUAACAGAGAACUAAAUAUUGAAUACAAAAAGACUAAGAGUGCUAAAGCCAAUCUUAGGAAUUCCUAAUUCUUUGUCUUUUUUUUUUUUUUUUUUUCUUCUGUCUUUUUGCCAUUUCUUGGACUGCUCCUGCACCAUAUGGAGGUUCCCAGGCUAGGGGUCCAAUUGGAGCUGUAGCCACUGGCCUACACCACAGCUCAUGGCAACGCCGGAUCCCUAACCCACUGAGCAAGGCCAGGGAUCGAACCCGCAACUUCAUGGUUCCUAGUCGGAUUCGUUAACCACUGAGCCACGACGGGAACUCCAGGAAUUCCCAAUUCUUAAUAAUACCUAAGAAGUAAAGUUGUGCUACUGUAUGGCACUUUUUUCCAGCAUGAGUGACGUAAAAGUUUUUCACUGUUUUCCCUCCAGUUAGACAAGUGGGAGGAAGAGGGAGAGAAUCCUCUUUUAACUUCACUGAAAAAAGUGUAUUCAAUAAAAAGAAGGAAGAAAGAAAAUAGAUUUAAGCACACAUACCUUGGAGUCAGUAUUUCCUUAUACUGGAGUUUCUCUAACUUAGCUGGGGCCACUAGUGACAUGGGAUCACGAUAUUAUCUAUAUCAUAAGAGCUCUCACUUCGCAAUCUCCGUCGUGCAGUAUUCUGUAAAGUAGGAUUACAGUGAUUUAACAAUAGUAUUUGGUUAGCUGGGAUGAUACUCAUGUUUUAUAAGUUAUAUAAAGAUAAUAUAGCAGUGCCUCCAAAGUUUUACACAUUGUUAUAAAAUCUGAUCAUAAAAUGUUAAGAAAAACAAUAAAGCAUACCUAUCUUCUAUAAACCAACAUAAUCCCUUGGCAGGUAUGCAGUGUAACAUUUGGGUGCACACACAUACAAGCCAAUUUUUAAGACCAUAAAAAAUAUGAAUGCCUUAAAAUGCAAAGCCCUUAUUGAAGAGCACCAUAAAGCACCCUAUGUCAAUGAAAUGAUCUUUUAACAAACUCACUUUAUAUUAGAAAAGAUGAUGAAAUGAAAUAUUUGGUGAGCCAUUUAUUAAAGAUUAUUUUUACAAGCUUCA